AUGUCUCGUCGACCACCUCGAAAAUUCCCUCUUCUCCGAUUGCCACGACUCGUUUUGAUUGAAGUUGUUAAGUGUUGGAAUCCAAUUGAAAUAUACCUCUUCUCAAGAGUCUCUCGGAAAACUAAGGAAAUCUCGAAGUUGAUCAAAAUUCCCGAUGUGGGCCUUGGACUUACAAUAUCAAAAUGUUACGAAGUAUACCUUGGCAACCCAGCUCGCUGUGUAAGUACUCACUGGUACUUCCGACUGUAUCCAGGUCUCCGUAAUUAUGAGAAAUACAAACAUGAAAGAUAUUUGGAUAUAUUCUCCAAGAAUUCGGGAAAAUCAGCAGGAAAAUUGAUAGAUCAUUGUCAGGAAAUAUUCAAAUUUAUGAAAUCGAGUAAUCUCAAAGUAUUCAUUAAUUGGCUCAAUCAGCACGAGAAGUUGUCUAAGAUUCCAUACUUAUCAGUAAGCAGCGGAGAAGAAGGCGAUCAAUUACAUUCGAACUGGUUUAUGCAGAAUUUAAAGAAGGAUAUUGAAAUUUUGAAUUUAUACCGAAGUUACCGCGCAACUGAACAUUCCACGCUAAAAGUCAAUGGAAAAGUGGACCAACUGGAAUUUUCUAAUGGAGCGAAAUUUUUAGAUCUCGACCAUCUGAUUAGAAUGGACUGUAUCUAUAUGCGUGGAGGAGAGACAUCUCUGACCAAUCGAGAUUUGAAUUCAUUUCUGAAGAAUUGGAAGGAAAUGAAGACUAAUGAACGAAUGGGAUUUUAUUUUAUUGAUGCGGCAGAGAACUUGGAUUGGUCUAUUAUUUUGGAAGGAUUGGAUGGAGAGAUAAGAGAUGUUCGGACUGUUAGACGAGAGUAUAAGUCCCCCUGGAACGAGAUACAAAUAUACAAAGCGAAUGGAGGAGUGGAUAUCACGAGAACCGAUGGAAAAACUGCUACGAUUGGAAUGAGAUUCCAUAUGAUAUUUGAAGACGAACCAUUGUCUCGUCAAAUGAUAAGAGACUAUCAGAAGAUCAUUGUAGGUCAAAACAUGGAUGGACAAGAGAUGGAUAUGAACUUUGUACAUGAUCCGGAAUAUGAACAUCUAACUGCUUUAUUACGGAAAACAUUCUUCGUCAUGGUUAAGUGA